AUGUCUCCUUUGAUGGCACUUUUAGUCCUGGCUACUGGUUUACAUCAAUCUGUUGGAAAUGAGAAAGAUGCUACAGCUUUUGCAGCAUUGUCGACUGAUUUGCCAGAGGUACAAAAGGAAGUGGUUCACAAGCACAAUAGUCUCAGGAGGCAGGUGGACCCAAGUGCUUCUAACAUGCUGAAAAUGGAAUGGAAUGUGGAAGCUGCAGAAAAUGCCAAGUACUGGGCUGAACACUGUGUAUACUCUCAUAGCCCUGAAUACAGAAGAACAUUAGAAGAUGGCAUGUUAUGUGGUGAAAAUCUCUUUUAUUCAAGUGUUCCUGUAUCUUGGUCAGAGGCAAUACAAGCCUGGUUUGAUGAGAGAGAGGACUUUGUAUUUGGAGAAGGACCAACGUAUCGGAAUGCAGUGAUUGGGCAUUAUACCCAGCUAGUUUGGUACAAAUCCUACAUGAUUGCUUGUGCAGUUUCGUACUGUGACCACAAGAUAUAUAAAUACUUCUACGUUUGCCAAUACUGUCCUGCGGGAAAUGUACUAGGAAUUCAUUAUUAUUCCCCAUAUAAGGAAGGAGAGCCAUGUGGUGACUGUCCCAGCAAAUGUGAUGAUGGACUGUGCACCAAUCCUUGCCCAUAUGAAGAUGAAUUCACCAACUGUCCCAAGCUAAAGGAGGACUAUUCAUGUAAUCACCUACUAAUUGAAGAGAAUUGCCAAGAGUCCUGUUUCUGUGAGUCUGAAAUAUAA